CGCCCUCACUCCCUCCCGUCAGGCGGAGGCCGCGGCCGUUCGCUUCCCUCAGGGCCGGGCCUUUCUCCGACCCCCGGGAGCGGCGGUGCCGCCUCGGAUUUAAAGCGCCGCGUGGUGGCGGUUGCGCGCCGCUCGAGUGCUGCGUUACCCCUCGGAGGGCGGAGAGGAGGCGGUCGGAGCGGCCCGAGCUCUGGUCAUGCUCGAUUCCUUUCCCCUCAGAGCGCUCCGGGCUUCUCCUUUUCUGUGUGAAACGCAGCCAUGGCGAAGCGGGGCUACAUCCUGUGCGGCUGGAGGGAGCGGCUGUGGCCGGCGAAGGUUUUGCCCAAGCUUGCUGAGGAGCCGCCUAUAACCGGCGCCCAGGAGGAGACCCUGGAGGUCGAAAUAAUCGGCCUGAAAGAAAGGGUCAGUGUGAAGCAGGAGGAUGCUGUGCCCCUGGAGGAGGCGUGCAUAGAGGACAUCGUCUCUAACUUAAAUGAAAAGGCGGAUCCGAAUGAGGCCGUGGAAGAACUGAAAUAUCGCUGUGCUCUUAAAACUGCCUUGGAUUAUUUGAAAGAAGAUGUAUCAGCCAGAGAAGCACCACCUUCCAAAGAGGGACCAAGUACUCGGUUAUCCCAGGCAAGCAGUGCCAGAUCUCUCUCAUCUUCCACCUUAACCAGCUUUCAGUCGCUCCCUAAAGAAAAGUUAGAGUCUGAGAGCCUCAAUAGGAAAAGAAAACAGAGAAAUAGCCCCAGCCUGAGGACUGGUACAAAAAAACGAAACCUGAGAUGCUCUUUAAUUCUGGAGAAGAGUCCUGAAGCAAAUGAAAAUGGAACAGAACCCUCAAAAUGUAGUACCGGGGACUUGUGCAAUACAUCAAACUCAGACAGUGAGAAUUGCAUGGCGACGGGAUCAUCACUGUUAGCAGGAGAGAAAAAAACAAAGCCCAAACUGUUGAAAAAAUCCCUAACGAGUAAUAAACUCUCACUUAAGCUAAAGGAGGAGAAAAGUAAGCAAGGAAGGAGAAGAGCAAAAGGUGCAGGAUCACCUGGGUCACUUCCAAAUGGCUCCUCCAAAGGCCGAGGACGGCCUCCUGCUGAGGGUGCUUCUCUGUCUGCAUCCUGCAGCUCUGGCACAGUGGUAGCUGGGAGGAGCAGGAUGAGUACCAGGCUGCAACCAAAAGGAAUGUUACUGCGCUCGUCUUCCAAGAGUGCCUCUGUCUUGGAGAAGAGCACUGGAAGUGAGAAUAAAAAUGUAGCAAAACAGGUAAACGGGAGGAAAAAGACAAGGAGUCUGAAACAACCGAAAGGAAAACAAGAGACCAAUGCAACCACGUCCUCAUACAGAAAAAGGGAGUGCAGAAACAGCCCUGAGUCUUCAGCUGGGCUGUCUGACUGCAGAGUGCUGUCUGAUGGUAUUCUCUCUCAGCUGCAAGAGGAGGAGAAUGAGGCUGUGCCACCUGUGGUUGUGAACAAAGCAAAGGAGUUCCACCUGCCUGACUUUGAGGAAGAGGAAGGACUGGAGCCUUCUGGGCUUUCUUCUGAGAGGACGUUCUCUGAGAAGCUGUCUCAGCUCUCAGAUCUGGUAGAUGAGGAUGACGAUGAGGAGGAGCUACCCAGCAUUCUAUCUCAUCAAGAACCAGAAUCAAUUGACAAAGGGAUUUUGGUGUGGUGCAAGUGGCAAAGAUACCCAUAUUGGCCAGCAGUGGUGAAGAAUGUGAAGAGAAAACACAGAAAGGCCAACGUGCUCUUCAUAGAGGGGGAUACGAGUGACAAGAAGAAAAGUUUCUCAGUAUCUCUUCGGAACCUGAAACACUUUGACUGUGAGGAAAAGCAGGACCUGAUCGACCAAGCCAAAAAAGACUAUUGCCAAGAGAUCGAGUGGUGCAUUCAGUUGAUUUCUGACUAUCGGAUCAGAGUGGGUUGCCAUUCGUUUACAGGAUCCUUCUUGGAAUACUUUGCUGAUGAUAUCAGCUACCCAGUCAGGAAGCAGUACCAGCAGAGCUCAGUCCAAAUGACCUUUCCCAGCGUAGCAGAGGAAGAUCUGGAGGACUCUCUGUUAGAAACUUCACCUCAGAAGCCCUCCAGGAAGCUGCUGCCCGACAGAACGAGGGCCGCCAGAGACAAAGCCAAUAAAAAGAUCGUGGAGUUCAUUGUGAAGACCAAAGGAGCAGAGGAGCACCUUCUGGCCAUCCUGAAGUGCAGGAAGGAGUCCCGGUGGAUGAAGGACUUUCUGAGUUCACGUCAGUACGGAACCUGCAUUGAAACUUAUUUAGAGGAUGAGGAGCAGCUGGAGCUGGUGGUGAACUACUUGAAGGAAGUAGCAUACCAUGAAAUAGACACUGCACACCUCCAUCGACUGCGUGGAGAUGGAGUUAAAUUUAUUUUAGAUGUCCUUUUGCCUGAAGCCAUCAUUUAUGCCAUUUCUGCUGUGGAUGACAUAGACUACAAGAAGGCAGAAGAGAAAUACAUGAAAGGACCGUCUGUGAGCAAAAGGGAGAGAGAAGAGUUUGAUGAAGAAAUACUGGAGAGGAAGAGGCUCCAGGCUGAGCUGGUGGCCGCAGACAGCGUGUGAAUGGCAGCAGCUGCUUUCCCAGUGCCACCCCGGCCUUGUGGACAUCUCCCAGCUGUGCCAGUGCUGUGUCACCACCGGGCACGGUUGUACCUUCAGUCCUCCUUCUCACCUCUGUGCUGCUGGAAGUGCUGUGAGCUGUGUGUGUGCUGCUGCUCUGUGCCCUUAACGUGGGCUGUUGGGGGGGGAUGGGGGGGGAAAGCAGCCUCUGUUGUCCUCAGAAGAAGGCGGGCUGCUGUUGUGUAGCCCAGGGCUGGGACAGCACCGCUGCUUUUCCUUUAUCUGUUAUUAAAGGUGUGGGGGAAUAAAAUGUGGUUCUGAGUGAAGCAAACUC